AUGUCAAAGUCUUUCUUAACCUAUAAAGAACAUUGAUUUUAUUUAAUUUUUUAUGUUAUUCCUCUUAAUGUUACUAUAAAUGUAAAGCAGUUUGUGUAUAGUACACCAAGGAAAUAUUUUUAAAAUAAAAUGAAUGUGUAAUUAUGCGUCGAAGAGUCGUGGUAACGGGAAUGGAGGUUUUAUCUCCUGUGGGGUGCAACUUGAGAGAGUCAUGGCACAAUGUCAUUAACGGAAAAUGUGGAAUAAAACAAUUAAAAGAAAAGGAGUACGAAAACCUGCCGUGCAAGGUAGCAGCUUGUAUAAAUGAGUCGGAGUUUAAUGUACAAAAUCACUUUUCUAAAACCGAAUUGAGAUCAAUGUCUUUAGCAACUUCUUUUGCAUUACUAAUUGCAAACGAGGCAUUGAAAGAUGCAAAAUGGAUUAAAUUAAACGAGUCUGAUUUGGAAUCUACAGGUGUUGCUGUGGGAAUGGGGAUGGUAGACUUGCGUGAUAUUUGUGAAACAAAUGCUGCAUUUUGUAAAGGAACUAGUAAAGUUAGCCCUUAUUUUGUCCCUAGAAUUUUACCAAAUAUGUCAGCAGGACAAAUUAGCAUUAAAUAUGGUUUUAGGGGUCCCAAUCAUUCUGUUUCGACGGCUUGUGCUACUGGUGCCCAUGCAGUAGGAGAUUCGUUCCGUUUUAUUAGAAAUGGUGAUGCUGACGUAAUGGUUUGUGGUGGGACAGAGGCUUGCAUUAGUCCUUUGGCUAUAGCAGGUUUUUGUCGGUUGAGAGCCCUCAGCACUUCUUUUAAUGACGAUCCAACCCACGCAUCUCGACCAUUCGAUAAAAGAAGAGAUGGUUUUGUGAUGGGUGAGGGCUGCGCCAUCCUGGUCCUCGAAGAACUAGAACAUGCCAAACGAAGAAACGCUCGCGUUUAUGCCGAAAUAUUGGGUUAUGGUUUAUCGGGGGACGCGUCUCAUUUAACGACCCCGAAGGCCGAUGGUUCAGGCGCAGUUUUGUCAAUGCAAAGAGCAUUGAAAGACGCACUCAUCGACAAAACACAAGUGAGUUAUGUAAAUGCGCAUGCAACAUCCACCCCCAUAGGGGAUGCCAUUGAAGCCAAAGCGAUUGACAGUUUCUUCGGAGAGUAUUCGAAAAACGUUGCUGUAUCGUCGACGAAAGGGGCUCAUGGACAUCUGCUGGGAGCUGCAGGAAAUCUGGAAGCUGUGUUCACUAUCAAAGCGUUACAGGAGGGAAUCCUGCCUCCCACAAUCAACCUAGAGGAGCCUGUUGAGGGGGUACACUUCGACUUUGUUACAGAAUUAAACAAAAAAUGGCACUCCAGGGGUCGUAGGAUUGCUCUGAAAAAUGCAUUCGGUUUUGGAGGCACGAAUGCUACAUUAUGCUUGGCGCAAUUUGAAGAGUAAUGUUAAGAUAUAAAAGUUACCGUUGUAAUAAAAAACUUAACUAAUUGUAA